AUGACGGCCUCUAUGUCCAGGCCACACUGGCUGGUCCCGAGCUUGAUGAUCGGGAGUCUCAUAUGCGGCAUAGCCUUUGCACUCGGCCAUCAUUUCUUCUACGCGUCCUUGGAUUCCCGGAUUGUUCAAAUCAGCACCCAACAGGAAUGGAACAUUCGCAUUGGAACUGGCAUGGCAUUUUUGGUGAAAGCGUUCCUGACGGCAGCUGUGGGAUUUGCGUACACGCAACUUCUUUGGACAACGUUGGCAUCUCGCAAUUCCACAUUAGAAGGGAUAGAUGCUAUGUUUGGCGUUGCCACCAAUGCUUGGGACUUUCUCAGUUUGGAGCUGUGGCGAGAGGGACUUGGACUGGUUGCGAUUGCUAGUGUAUUAUGCGACCCGCAGACCUUUUCUAUAUGGGGAGGGGACGGUAUGGCUGGUUACGCAGCCCCUUCGAUCGCUGUCUCCCGAUUGGUGUCAUCAGUCGCUUCCCAGGGCUCAAUUAUUCCCAUGAAAGCACCCUAUCCGAAUAGCUCCUUUUCAACCACUUUUCACGCUCCUUCGUUAUCAUGCCGGCCAAUGGGAGGUGGCCCUGAGUUUCACGCUGCAUUUGACAAACUUUUCCUGAAUCUUACCGAACCAAAUUAUGGAGCGGGUAGCAUAGAGAAAUCUUUCUUUAGCUUCGUUCCUCAGCAUCCGCCGGCUUUAAGAAAAAACGAAACAGACGACAGGAAACUCAGAACUCUUCGCGGUUUGCAAGCAAUCCUCGAUAAGGCUGGGUUCGCCAUGACUGUGGACAAUCUUGAAGACCCUACAUCUCCUUGCUGGUUUUAUUUCGGGUUUCCGAUCGCCCAGGGAUACGCGAAUCGGACGAUUCAAUGUGGACUUUAUAAUUCAUCCUACGAUGUGGAGUGGAAAUACAGUAACGGUGAACAAACCACCACAGUGCGCAACAUGACGAGACUUAAUCCUGUCAGCGCAGUCAAUGCAGAUAACAAGCUAAUGUAUUACGCCAACGGAAGGCCUGAUGUUCCCUAUGUAGCUGUCAUGGAUGCAUUGGGCGCCUUACUGAUGGGAUGGAUACAAUCAACACGUUUCGGCGUCUUGUGGGCAUCAAGAACGCAGAUCCUGUCCACCGUCCUUACCCAGACUUACGAAAUGCAACACUUGCGACACUCGGCUCUGAAAAUUGUCCCAGUAGAACCACAAUCGUCACACGAAACAAAUCUUACCAUGGUGGAGGCCAUGGAGCAACUUGUAACCAACAUCAGCGUGAGUCUUUUCAGUGUUGAAGACUUCCUCCCAGAGGGAAAUGAGUACUACGAACAUCUCGCCUGGGGCCAACAGCGGGAGAAGACAUGGACAAAGCGUGGACAAACCUUGGCCAAAAGUUGGAGGCCAGAGUUUCGAGACCAAGAAUAUCACUUCAAGUCCAUAUACUGGCUGAAAACGAAAAGUUAG